CGUACCUCCGACGAAGUAUAUUUACAAUUGUACAUCAUUUUCUGUAAAAUGGUGCGUAUGUGUUGCAUAUGUAAAUUAGAGAAUGGAGCUGUUGAUGAUAUUUCUUUCCAUGGUAUUCCCACAAAUGAAGAAGUAAGAGCCGAAUGGUAUAAAACCAUAGGCCGGGAAGUGAAUAAACAUAGUACUAUAUGCAGCAAACACUUUGAAGAUACAGAUUUUAUUUACAAAGUAGUUGGAAAUAAUGUGAAAAGGUUUUUAAUUUCCACAGCUGUUCCAUCUGUAUUACUUACUCAAUCUAAUAGUGUUCAAAACAAAAAUAUCAAGCUUAAUAAUUCUACAUGCCAUAAUUCAGGAUUGGAAGCCAAUCUAUCAAAUGACUCACACUGGAGUGUUGAUGAUGAAGAAGAUGAAGAAAAUAGUACAAAAAGAAAGACAGACGAUGAGCUCUCAGCUUCAACAAGCACCAAGCGCCAGUGCAAUGCACGCUGUAUCAGAGAUUUGUGUAGAGAAGAUUUUACUUCUGAUUUAAGUUAUAAUAUUGUUCAAAAUUUUGUGACGAAAGCCAGACAAAAGCAGAAAGUUUUAAACGAAACAGUUAACAGGCUGAAUCUAAAAGUGGAAAGCUAUCAGUUGUUAUUAGAUCACUUCAAAAAGAAAAGUGUAAAAUCUGUUCAACUGAACACAGACACGGAUAAUGCAUCUUCUAAACAACGGCAAUCACUUAUUAAUAUUGAACUUGACCACGAUUACCUUGGAUGUAAGCCAUGAAAUUGUCAUAUACAGGGUGAUUGUACCACUGAAGGAGUUGAAAGGCAAGCCGCCUACUUUGUCGCUUAAGUGCUACGACCAUAAACGUGUUAUUGGUACUUUUCUC